AUGAGCACAAUUAACAUUCCCCUCGAGACUAUCUUACUCUGGCCUAAGCCAACUUACAUUGACCCGGUCACCCGCGGUCAUGGCCUUGCCAUCGUCUCUGCCAUAUUCUUGCCACUCACCACGGUCAUCACUGCCCUCCGCCUCUAUUCCCGGCUGAGGAUCACCGCCAACUUCGGUGCUGAAGAUGUGCUGAUUAUUCUGGCCCAGCUCUGUGCAUAUCCCUUGAUGAUAUCUCUGUGCUAUGCCUCGCUGCGUCUGGGGUGGAAUCGUCACGUCUGGGAUGUUCCUCUAACCGCGAUGAAGCUUUCAAGCCAGCUGUACUUUUCCUUCCAGAUUACGGUCAUCCUUGCUUCGUCCUUCACCAAGCUUUCCGUCAUGUGGUUCUGCCGGCGGGUCUUGGUCCCAGUAAAAUAUGGGUUGACAGGAGUGAUGAAUUAUGUAAUCCUGGCCAGUAUGGCUUUCGUGUCUAUUUAUACGGUGGUCUUUUGUUUUUACUAUCUGUUUCAAUGCUGGCCAAUUUAUGCAUACUGGGACAUAUUUCCUACCUACCCCCACAAGUGCAUCAAAACAGACGCCGGUAUCUUUGCUACCAGCAUCAUCCACACUCUCACUGAUCUUCUUGUGACACUGAUUCCCAUGCCGCUUCUUGCGACGCUGCGGAUACCCAGAAGGCAAAAAAUUGCGGUCAUGUCAUUGUUUGGACUUGGCGUGGUAGUCAACAUAGCAGGGGCCCUCAGAACCUACUUUCUGUUCGUGACCAUGCAGGACAAAAAUGGUGAUAUGACAUGGAAUGGCUGGCCAACCUGCAUUGUAACAGUUGUUGAGAUUGGUGUUGGCCUGGUCGCCGCUUCCGGCCCUGCGCUACGGCCAUUAAUCGCCCACCACUGGCCUUCUCUCUUUGGAUCGACACCGACCCCUGUGAGCAACGAGCUCAAUACUUUCGUCGGCAGCAGCCAAAAUUCUGGCCAGAAAUAUCCAAUCGUGUCGGUUGAAGCGGGACACUCGAGGGAAGGAUCGUACAGGCCGCCGUACAUGCCGCUCAGUUAG